AUGUCCCUCUCCGUCAUUCCUACAGCUGUUUUUCUCUCCCCUGAAGUCGUCAAACUCGGUCAAUUUACCGUCAAUCUAGCACAAAUCCAUGAGACAAACUAUUACCCGGACAACGGAGAAUCGCCAACAUCGACGAUCGCUGACUUUCACUAUCAAGGACAUAGGCAAGAUGAUAAGCAGACCAGGUUCCGAGCGGUCUUGUCAUCUCUGAUUUCUGCAAAUCUUUUCAGAAAGUCCGAUUACUCCAUUCACAUUGCGCCAGGUCAUGGAAACAAUUACCUACUAUGUGAUGUUGAUCAGUGGUUCAACACAACUCUCGACAACGAUGGUGCUAAGCGCUUCAUCCAAUCAUGCGCUAUACGCGGCGAUAAAAUCUUCAUGGUUGUCGGAAUGCAGACGCUAAUUGAUCCACGCAUCACGAUAGCUUCAUCUACAACGACAGAAGCCGAAGGCCAGUUUAGCGUUCCGAAAGACAUCUCCCUAGCUGCAAGCGUUGUUAGUCCUGCAUUUCAAGCGGGACAUCAAACUGCCAAAAAUCAAGGGUUGGAGUUUGUAGUUCCUGGGGAGCGCCUUUUUGCUUUGCUGUAUCGCAAGGUAGAGUUCAAGUGGCUCAAGCGCUAUUUCGGUGACCGACCCGUCUUAGAUCGUACUACUCGUCGGUGGAACUGCCUGGGUGACACUUGGCGAAGCAUUGAUGAUUCCAGCGGUAGCGACGAUGAAGACAAAUCCGAGGAUAGUGAUGAUGAGAGUAAUAUCGGAGAUGAUGCUAUUGAGGUGACCCUUGGGGAGGAGCUGGGAGUAUCUGACGGAGGAUGGGUUACUGCGCACUCUGACAAUAGGCUAUAUGUGCUUCCCAAGACUUAG